CUCUUAAUUCAGGAGAUGUCGGACGAAGCGUCUGACAACGAGUGUCUGCAUUCUAUGGCUGUCUGCUACAAAUCACUGCUGGGAAUGAUUGACGGACUUGACCCAGAAAAAGAAGGUAUUAGGAAGACACCGGCGCGUGCAGCCGAGGCUUUACAAUACUUCACUAAAGGAUAUCAACAAAAUCUAAUAGAAGUGAUUGGUGGGGGAAUAUUUGAUGAAGACCACGACGAAAUGGUGAUCGUGAAGGACAUCGACAUCUUUUCGCUUUGUGAGCAUCACAUGGUGCCGUUCAUAGGCAAAGCCCAUGUUGGAUACUUGCCAAAAAGAAAGGUCCUUGGUCUUAGCAAGGUUGCCAGGAUUGUGGAGAUGUACAGCAGAAGACUUCAGGUUCAAGAACGACUAACCAGACAAAUUGGAGAGGCUUUAACGACAGCAAUUGACCCGGCUGGUGUUGCAGUUAUUGUAGAAGCUGUGCACAUGUGUAUGGUAAUGAGAGGAGUGGAGAAAGUAAACAGCAAGACAGUGACAAGUUCUAUGGUGGGAGUAUUCAGAGAAGACCCUCGCACUAGAGAAGAAUUUUUAACUCUUGUUCGCAGCUGAUUUGUUAUUGUUAUAGAUGCAGCAAUAAUAGCAAUAGAGUUUAAUUCAAGGGUACUGUCAAUCGUUGUGAC